AUGCUGCUGUUGCUGCUGCUCCUGUACGUUCUUCGUGGUGUUCAUUCUCCUUCUCACGUCCUUCCAGCAGGUGAAUCGGCUGAAUGCGGGCUUGCUGCGGAAUGGCUUCACCGGAGAGGUGAACUUGGAACGCCGGGGAGAUAUUUUGUGGGCUUCUGGCACGAGUUUUUGCACUUCCCCACGACCCUGAACACGAUCGAGUUUGCCGAUGAGGCGGUAGAGGAUGGCGUGCAGAUGCUUGGGAAGCUCAGGUCCCGAGAUAAGGAUGGCAAACAGAUUUGGCUGGAUGUCUCCGUGCAGUACCGCAUCUACCCGCAGGAGCUGCCUCAGAUUUACAGGGAGAUGACGAAGCUUUACGAAGACGUGUACAUCUCAGAGCUCCGCGGGGCCCUGCAACGGGUCACCAACGAGUUCACCAUCGACCAGGCCUGGAAGGACUACGCGACGGUGCAGAAGAAGAUGCACGACAUUUGCAAGGAAGUGCUCACCGUUCGCCAUGCCGACUGCUGGGGCCUUCAACUCUGGGGCAUCCGCUUGCAGGUGGAGUAUGAGAACCAGCUGAUCCGGACCCAAGUGAGGAAGCAAGCAGAAGAGACGGCUUUGGCAAGACAGACCCAGACCACCUACCGCCAGAAGACUGAAGUCAUCCUGGCAGAGUAUGUCGCAAACCUGACCGUGAUCCAGCAGAAGGGCCAGGCCGACAAGCAGCGCAUCGAGCGCGACGCCGUGAGCGCCGCCCGCUCGGCGCUGGUCACGGCGCAGGGGGAGGUGCCGCUUGGAGCGGCGCAACACGGUGGUUGGAGCGGCGAACACGGCAUGGGGUGCCGUGUUUUGUGUUUCUUUUUUGGUGGCGGGGGUGGCUUACUGGUCUAA